AUGGCUGAGUACGAAGCAUGCAUUCUGGGUUUAAGGUUAGCUGUGGACAUGAGAGUCCAGGAAGUGCUAGUUCUGGGAGAUUCAGAUCUGUUAGUGCACCAAAUUCAGGGAGAAUGGGAGACUCGAGAUUUGAAGCUCAUACCAUAUCUGCAAUAUCUGCAAGAUCUUUGUCAGCGGUUCAGAUCAGUGGAAUUCAGGCAUAUCCCUAGGAUCCACAAUGAGGUUGCUGACGCCUUGGCUACUCUGGCGUCGAUGUUAUAUCAUCCAGAUAAGGCUUAUAUUGACCCUCUGAACAUUCAGGUCGCGAUCAGCAUGCUUACUGAUCUUUGUCAGCGGUUCAAAUCAGUGGAAUUCAGGCAUAUCCCUGGGAUCUAUAAUGAGGUUGCUGACGCCUUGGCUACUCUGGCGUCGAUGUUACGUCAUCCAGAUAAAGCUUAUAUUGACCCUUUGCAUAUUCAGCAACUUAGAUCCUCCAUUGCUUCUACCUUUUAUGCAAAUGUUGGAAUAGAGGAAGAUGAGAUCUUCGUCUCUGAUGGUGCCAAAAGUGAUAUAUCUCGGCUUCAGGUUCUUUUUGGGUCUAAUGUCACUAUGGCUGUGCAAGACCCAUCGUAUCCGGCUUAUGUGGAUUCAAGUGUUAUUAUGGGCCAAACUGGUCAGUUUCAGAAGGAUGUGGAGAAGUAUGGGAGUAUUGCAUACAUGAGAUGUACUCCAGAAAAUGGGUUCUUUCCUGAUUUAUCCAGUGUUCCUCGGACAGAUAUUAUAUUUUUCUGUUCGCCUAAUAAUCCAACUGGUGCUGCGGCAUCAAGGGAGCAGCUGACUAAAUUGGUGCAUUUUGCUAAAAACAAUGGCUCAAUCCUUGUUUAUGAUUCUGCAUAUGCAAUGUAUAUAUGUGAUGACAGUCCAAAGUCCAUCUUUGAGAUUCCUGGAGCAAAAGAGGUUGCCAUUGAAGUUUCAUCGUUUUCGAAGUAUGCUGGGUUCACUGGAGUUCGUUUAGGGUGGACUGCAAUUCCCAAAGCACUCCUAUAUUCUGAUGGAUUUCCUGUAGCAAAAGACUUCAAUCGCAUUGUUUGUACAAGCUUCAAUGGUGCAUCCAAUAUCGCUCAAGCUGGCGGUCUGGCUUGCCUUUCACCUGAUGGUUUCAAGGCCAUGAAGAACGUGGUUAGUUUCUAUAAAGAAAACACAGAAAUCAUAAUGGAGACAUUUAAGUCGCUAGGUUACAAGGUGUAUGGAGGUAAAAAUGCACCCUACGUGUGGGUUCACUUCCCUGGACGAAGCUCAUGGGAGGUUUUCAGUGAGAUACUUGAGAAGACUCAUGUCGUUACCACACCAGGCAGUGGUUUUGGACCUGGCGGUGAAGGUUUUGUCAGAGUAAGUGCAUUUGGGCACAGGGAUAAUGUCGUAGAAGCUUCCAGAAGAUUCAAGGAAUUGUACAAGUGAAGUAACUCGUACGCCUGCAUGUCUAUGUGAAAACAUGCAGGUAAAUUGGAAACACUUUUGGCCGCCUUCAGAGGCUUCAUUCAGAUGCUAUAGGCUGUAUCUUGAAUGCUCAAACAUUUUGAUCCUGUAUGGAAUUUGUUGCUUUGGAAGAAUAAGCUUAUUCUGUGAUUGCCAGUGAUUGGUUCCUCUUUGUUA